AUGAAAAUGAAAGAUUUCUGUCAUGCUACUUAGUUGUAAAAGAAUAAAAUUGACUAGGGUAUAAAAAAAAGAUCUCAUUAUUUGAAUUUGGAUAAUCUAAGGAUGAGAAAAUUAGCAUCAAGAAUGUAAGUAAUUUUUUGGUAAGGAUAUCUCAGAAUAGUGGAAACAGGUAGUUUGAGCGAUAUAAUAAAAUAGAGAGCGAAUAUGAGUUUAAUGGUACAUUUGACGAGUAUAAAUGGAAAGAAUUUGAAUUAAUUAGAAUUAUUGGAUUCAUUGUAAAAAAAUGAAGGAAAGAUAAAGAGAAUAAAAUAGUUGAAUGAGGGUUAGAUAAGUGAUGUAUGGAUAAACAGAUAAUUAUAGAAAUUUCCUUAAUCAAAAUAAACAGUUACAGAAAUUAGUAGAGAAUGCAGAAUUAAAUAAUAUAGGAAUGAAUAAGUUUUUGAGCAAGAGUAACCUGUUAAGGAAAUAAUAUAGGGAUAAAGAUGA